UGCAGUUUCAUUGCAAUUAAAGCAGACGACGAGUGCGUUCUGUACCGUGUGUGUCAUUCCUACAAGCCGGAAUGGACUGUUAAAUCAAAGAAAGGCUGUCAUUCGUUAUAAAAACAAAUCAGACAAAAUACUGUAUUUGCUAAAUGGUUAUUAAUAUUUUCAAAGCAGAAGUCAUAUUGCGAGGAAGUAUAAAAAGCAGAAACGCACGGUACACACACCCGUUUUAAAACAGACUCGUGUGUCAAGUUUCUGAACUUCGCUUUGGGGCAGGGGUGGUGGAGACGUGAAGAGAUGGAUAAAGCCGCAAAAGAGGGACAACUGUAUGUCCAGCAUCAGAAAUUCGGCAAGAAAUGGAAGAAGAACUGGUUUGUCCUGUACCCUGCCAGCCAGAACGGGAUUGCCCGUCUCGAGUACUUCGACUGCAGCAAUCCCAGCGAGAAGCCCAACACCAAGAAACUGGACAAGAAGAUCAUCCGGCUGGCCGAGUGCAUCAGCAUCCUGCCCGCCGUCACAGAGACCUGCCCCAAGGAGAACAUGGCUGCCUUCUGUGUGGAGACCAACGAGAAGAUCCACGUCUUCGCCACUGAGAAGCAAGCCAUGACUGAGUGGGUCGAGAAGCUGUGUGAGAUAGCCUUCCAGGGGAAUAUAGGAGACCUGAAGCGCAGUAGUGGCUCAGACUCCAGCAGCCCUUCAAACAGCAAGUCUGAGAUGGAGAUGGCUGAGAACCUCAUCUACUACUCCCGGGACGAAGUGAGCGAGUUCUGGGUGUCAAUGCAGAAGACAGAGGCGUCAGAGCGGUGUGGGCUGCAAGGCUCAUACUGCCUAAAAGCUGGCAAGGAAAGCCUGCUGCUGAAGGAGCCCAAGACCAAGCAGACCCUCUUCGCCUGGCCCUACAAGCUGCUGCGUCGAUACGGGCGCGACAAGGUGAUGUUUUCGUUCGAAGCCGGCCGGCGCUGUGACUCAGGCCCGGGAAACUUCACCUUCGAGACGAAGCAGGGCAACGAAAUCUUCCAGAUCGUGGAGGCUGCCAUCAAGGAGCAGAAGGCGCAAGCAGAGGAGAACCGUCAGAGCUGCCCCUCUUUGGACUCGGACAGCCCGGACAGCCAGCAGAUACGCAGCGCCAUUGCAGAGUCCAUGGGACGGGGAGGGGCAGGGGGCACAGCAUGGGCACCCCAGAUCAUGGAGCCUGAGUCAGACACCCCUGCGUGCAGCAAGUCAGGCUCGGCUGACGGCAUCUUCACCAAGAGGGAUGGGCGGCAGGCAGAGGACAAGCUCCUCAAGGCACGCAGCCUGCCUGAUCCUCCGGGCCUGUCCUCGAAAUCCCCCAGCACUCCUCCUCGCUCUCCCCUGCCCAGACUCCCCAAGAGCUCGUCCCUGUUGGAGGACCAGGCUGGCCUCUACUCCGAGCCCAUAGAUUCGGUGCGGCCACACAAGCCCUUCAUGGAGUCCCUGUACUCUGACCCCAUGGACAGCAUCAAACCCCCGGCCCCUGCGCCCAGGCAGAGGCACGCCACAGACGAGCCGGGCAAGCCAUACCCCCUCUACUCCGAUAUCAACGACCGGGUCACCUACAACCUGGCACAGAAAACACCCGGGCUUAUGUUCGAAGGAGGCAGGAACGGGGGGGCCAGCCCCGAGGAGCACAUUUACGAUGAACCGGAAGGGAGGGCCAGGCAGCCGUCGCCUGGUGACAGCUCCUUGUACGACGAGGCUCGCCUGGGAGCCAACGCCUGGAGGAAGCAGGGUGUGGAUGAUCAGACGGGCCACGAAAUCCCCUACAACCCCAGCACUGAUGACUACUGCGUGCCACCCUACGUAAAUCAGCAGCAGCCGAGACCCAAGGGGCCCAAACCACUCCCAGCACCCAAGCCACAGAUAGGCAGGAAAGAGCCGCCACCUUUGCCCUUGGGCAAAGCCAACUUCAACAACUCCAACAGCAAGGACAUUUACAGCAUGGUGAUGAAGAGCAACAACCUCAGUCUCUCCCUGAGGAGCAGGGGCCUGGGGGACUUGGUAGAGGCUGGUGUCCCCAGGUCACCAGAAUCAGUUUAUGAGGACCUGGGAAGCCUUUAACCAACCACCUUUGAUAGACUUGCAGGAAGUGAAGAGCUGGAACACUUUUUUCCUGACCAGCAUUUAGUAAUUUUUCUUGUGUUCUGUGUGUUCACACACCUGGGCAUGGAUCUGCUCCUAGGCCAUCAGGAGCAAUCAGCACAAUCAGCAGGCUUUCAGCAGAGUUGGUCUGGCAGGUCACUCCUGGAGAGGAACUGCACCCUCUUGUCCCCAGCUGGCACUGGCACUUUGCACGUUUAGAGAAAAUUGCUUAUCCAAUUGUGAGGAAACUUGGUUAGUAUGUCUUCAGCACAAGUUAUUGAGAGUGUCAUGAUCUGGGGAUGCAUGGAGGAGCCUGUCUGUCUGUCUGCUGCUGCACUUAUUAUCAACAUGCCUCAAGGUUCAAGGUUUAAAUGACAUUUUAAAUGUAGCCAAACCUUAAAUCAGUCAAUAUGUGCCAAAUUGAACUGCCAGUCUGGGUCUUUUUUUUAUGACACCCUGGUGGUGAUUUCUGUAAUCUACCAUUGAUUUUUUUUCUAGGCAUUGCAUCUGGGUUGUUUAUUUUUAAAAUUCCAGUGUAUGUGUGUGUGGUUUUUUAAUAAACAGCCAGCACCGGAUGCUUUUCUCUUCUGCAAAGUGCUCCAAAUUCGGGAUCUUCAGCCUGCUUCUUGAGAGCACUCUUCAUUUUCCACAGAGCCUGGCUGUAUAUCCUACAGUAGUGACUAUUCCCACAGUAACAACAGUCUUCUACAUUGUAGCCAGCAGUCUGCAGAUUGGCCUGCUGUAGGAAGAAAAGCUUUGGGAGCAGAAUGGUUUCUGAGUCCUCAAGGAUUGCAGUCUUAGCACUGCUAAGCCUUAGAACUACAGCACUGCUUUCUAAUCCAUUCCCUUUGUUUUUUGUUUUUGGUGGAUGGGGAAUGACCAGCUACAGUGCCUAGCUACUGACAUACAGUAUCAGCUCAGCCAAGAAUAAAUACUUUAGGAGAGUACUGUAGAUUUAUUUUUUCUAAAAUGUUUCCAAUCCAUAAACCAGGGACAAGAAGCUGUUUGCUUGGGUUUGUGAGAGUCGUAGCAAGUGACAAGGGUCUAGCCCUGGUAUUGAUAAAUACUCCACAAAGCGAAGAUUGCAUGUUUUAAACAUCCCCCCAUGAAACUGCUGCACCAAGAGAUGGACUUUUAAGAUUGCGACCGUUGCUUACUGAUAUGCCAAUGCUUCAGGGGUAAUCUGUAGGCUGUGUGCUUUUACAUGAUAUCAGAAUUACUUAUAUGUGUUUCAUUGAUAGGGUGGGUAAAUGCCAUUUUAUUAGCAUUUUAUUAAUACUCCAAUCAGUCUAUUACCCCUAGUCAUAUUGGAUAAUGCGCGAUCGUCACAUGUUGAAAACGUGACUGUGAAUGAAGUAAAUGGGAACUGGGUUGUUUCAAUGUGUGUUCAUCAUCGUGCAUUAUUAAGGUGAAAAAGGUGGAAGUCAGUCAGUGCUACUCAUUUGUGGUUCUUUCAAUACAUUCUAAUGCAGGAACUUGUUCCAACCAUGCCUUUUAGUUAUUGAAUUGAGCAGUCCAUCU